UAGAAAAUUAUUUUUUUUUUCGCAGCUGAAAAUCAUUACUUCUUUUUACAACGACACACUAAUUUUUCUUCUUGCAACCAGCGGUUAGCCUGGAGGGUCAUUGCUGCCGUCAAACUCUCCGUCAGCCGCUGCACGCCCGUCCGCCAAGCGUCCCAGCCUCGUGAUUCCUUCAGCCGCACCGCUGCCGUCUGUUCUUUUCAUUUCGCCGCCGUGCGUAGCAGUCUGCGUCGGCCAUCAUCUGCUCUCCGCCGUUCGGGUUUCGCCGUCGUCGCACGCCGGAGGGAUCUGUUAGGUAGAUCCUUUGGUGUUUGUUGAGGCUUUUGCUGGAAACUUUGCUUAGCUUGAUCAUUGUUUUAUUCAAAUAGAGGUUUUGGAGAUCAAAUGAUGUCUGCAAAAUCGAAGUCCCUUCAGGAAUAUCUUAAGCGCUAUGAAAGUAACACUGAAGAGGAAAAGAAAAAGAAGAAGAAAAAGAAGAGAACAACAGCAACAAACAAACCCAAUGCUCUAGGUGUUCUAGUCGUGGAUGAAGAUCCUGUUUGGCAGAAGCCAAUAAUUAUUGAAGAGGAUAAUGCUGAUAACUCGACAGAUGAGGAGCCACAAGUUGAUGAAGAUGUUGAGGUCAAGAGAAUGAGGAGGCUUGAAGAACUAAAAGCCAAGCGACCAUAUAAUUCCAUAAGUGAAGAUGGAAGUGGUUGGGUUUCACUCUCUUCAAAUCGUGCAAAUUCUAGCAUGAUGAACUCUGAUAUGUCUCCACCUCGUAGGACAAGAGUGCGGAAUGAUACACCUUCUCCAUCUAAUGAGUUGAAGCCUCCAGAACCCGGUGAAGAAGGUGAAGAUUUUUCACCUCCACGGAGGAGGCCGAGGAAACCUCCUAGCUCACUUGAACAUGAUGAAAAGCCUACAAAUUCUACUUAUCCAAGUUCUUCUCCACCUCAAAAGGAUAAAGUUUACAGAGAUGCACACUUGCAAGGAGCUAAUUGGGGGCAUAUGGAUUGUGCACAAGAAGAUAUUGAUCUAUCACCUCCACGACAACGAAGGAAGCGCUACCAUACUCCCUCGCCUGAACCCGAGGCAACUCGUACAAGAUCUGUUUCUCCUCAAUCUGAUAUGUCACCUCCUCGUAGAUCUGAUAGGAAGGCAUCUAAAGCAAGUUUAGGGGGCAACCACAAGGUUGAUCUUUCUCCUCCUCGUCGCAGAGCUUCAGACUAUGUAGGUGAUGAACAUAUAUCUCGUGGAUCUGAUCUUUCACCUCCAAGGAAACAAAGGAAGGAUGUGAGAGGAGAUCGGUCACUUUUAGAUAAGCAUUCACAGAAUCAUGUUACUGAUGCUUCACAAGAAUCACGAACAGAUCUUUCUCCACAUAGGAAAAAGCAAAAAGAACUACCAGUUUCAGUCUCCUUUAAACAGACGCGCAAGACUGGUUUGCUUACUCAACAAGAGUUUGGGGAAGAAAUGUCUAAAACUAACAAAGAGGACUGGACGAGGUUUAAAGAGAUGAAUCCUUCAGCAAGUAGUAAUGCGGACCCUGUGUAUCGUGAUAAGAUUAAAGGAGAUCGCAUUUCAAAAGAGGAAUUCUUAAAAGCACGUGGGAAAAUCGAAGAAAAGCCCAAGGAGAUAAAGUUGGAAUGGGGCAAGGGCUUAGCUCAAAAACGAGAAGCAGAAGCUGAACUUAUGGAGUUAGAACUCGAGAAAGAUAGACCAUUUGCACGGUCAAGGAAUGAUGCAGAACUUGACUCAAUGCUGAGGGAUAGGUUGAGAUGGGGUGAUCCUAUGGCACACUUGGUGAAGAAAAGGCAAUCUGAGAUGGCUCUUCCUGAUUUAGGAGACAAUGAGAAGAUGAAGGAAUCAGGGUUCAUGAUUCCUCAGGACAUUCCACCUCACAGUUGGCUAAAAAGAGGAUUGGAUGCUGCACCUAAUAGAUAUGGUAUAAGACCCGGAAGACAUUGGGAUGGGGUUGAUCGUAGCAACGGAUUCGAGAAGCAAAUGUUCAAGAGGAUGAACGAGAAACGAGCUACAGAAAGGGAAGCAUAUCUUUGGUCUGUGUCUGAUAUGUAAGAUGACUGGAAGUUGCUUUUCAAGAUGGUGAUUUCCUGCAAUUAUAUACAGCUUUUUUUUUUUAAGAAGAUGAUUUCUCAUAAUUUUGUAUGUUCAUCCAUAAUAGCUAUUGAGGAAUUCGUUUUUCCUAUAUUACAUUUGAUAUGGUAUUCAA